AUGGCCGAUUUGAUUAACUUCAUCAUAGUGAUAGCAGUCGAUUCCUAUCUUUCGUUGCAGUCUACAAGAAGACUUCGGGAUCUGCUCACUCGUGACGCGAAGGAGCAUCCUGAGGAAUGGCAACAGUUUAUAUGUCUGAGUUUUGACAAUCUCGAUCACGCUGGUGAAGGGGUCAUUGAGACCAGAAUGCAUCGUCUUGAAGUUGUCAUUAACGGUAUUGUGUGUCGUCGUCCCGAUUUGGUGAUGAUGAUGUUCCCUCGACCGGAGGGUAAUAAUAUCCCUAGGAUGAACAUAACAUUAAUCGAUGUUGGUAGCCGUGGGGAUGUUGAGCCGUACAUCGCCAUUUCAAAGGAGCUCAACGCGAUGGGCCAUCAUUGUCGUAUCUGCACUCAUGAUAAGUUCCGAGAUAUGGUUGAGAGAAAAGGAAUAGAGUUCUUCCCAAUGGCCCUUGAUGCCCCUGGCCAUUGGCAACCUGAGGAUUUCAUGAGGCACGCAGCCGAGAGCCCCUCAUGGAGCCCCAAGUUCCUUUUCACGCCCCGGGAUAUGUGGUACAUCCUGCUACAUACUCCUGGUAUGAUGGAAUCCUUGAGGGAAAUCUUCUUCCCCCCAGGGUGGCAAACCGACAAGGUCGGGGCCUGGGCAGCUGUGAAGAGUAAUCGCGAGGAGCGUUGGGUUACCCAUGCUAUGAUCGCUAAUCCGCCAUCAUAUAUUCACGUCCAUCUGGCUGAGAGACUUGGAGUUCCCCUUCAUAUGUAUUUCUCGAUGCCCUGGUCCCAGACGAAAGUGUUGGGACAUCCUUUCAGCUCGGGUGACAUAUACGACAAUCCUUAUUGGCGACUCUUGAGCUACCGCUGGUUUGAUCAAAUGCAGUGGAGAGGCCUGGCAUCGACAGUGCCCCAGUUCCGACGAGAGGUGUUGAAGAUUCCUAAGAUAGGCAUGUGGCACAGCGCUGGGUCUUUAUUGGAGGAUUGGGGGGUUCCCUUCUCGUAUUCGUUCUCACCGAGUCUUUUCCCGAAGCCCCCGGACUGGGGCCCGAACCUCGACAUAACUGGCUUCUGCGUGGGGUCUCAGAAUACGACCUAUGAGCCUCCCGCUACGCUGGCUCAGUUCCUUAGCAGGGGAUGCAAGCCGUUCUAUGUCGGUUUUGGCAGCAUAGCUGGGGAUCUGUCGGAUAUAUACAAACCCAUCCUAGAGGCAAUAAAGGAUAUCCCCGAUCUCAGAGUUGUCCUCCAGAAGGGAUGGGGGACUCUUAAGGACAUAACCGCUGAGGACUUCAUUCACAUCCCAACCAUACCACACACUUACCUCUUCCCCAAAUGCUGUGCUGUUAUGCAUCAUGGUGGUGCCGGUACUACCGCUAUGGGAUUGGACUUUGGCCUGCCAACCUCUGUUAUAUCCUUCUUUGGGGACCAAUGGAUCUGGGGUGGACUGGUCCAGCUCCACGGAGCGGGGUGCUCCAUCCACAAGGGGAAUGUCGAUUCUGAGACCAUAGGAGACGCUAUGAAGUUCUGCAUGACUGAGGAGGCCAGAGACGCUGCAAGGAUCUUACAGAAAGGCUUCUUGGAGGAGCGUAAGCAUGGUAUGGGUGCUCAUGAAGGCGCGUUGGGUUUCCAACGACAAUUACCAUUGGAAUUGGUCACUUGCCCCGUAUGUGCCGUCGCAUUAUCAGAAUCCCAGGGGGUGUUGGUUACUCCAUUAAGGACAGCUGAUUGGGGAAGAACUCGUGGAGGCAUACUCUAUGUUCACUUCGUGCAAGCACUAAAUUCUGCUGCUACGCUGUUCAAGAGCAUGAUCCAGGGAGGCCACACUGGAGGGGUCUACGGGUUCCUUAUUGGUGUGGUAGCGGGAAUAUUCGAGUUCCUGGUUUUCAUCGUUCUGGCUCCCUUGGUCUUCGUACGGGACAGUUGGUGGGUGGCCACUCAGUUGGCUCAGGGCUCUGCAGAUGGACGCGAGCAUGGCGGUCACGACACCAAACAGGUCGAUCGGGAACUGCUCAACGAUUUGGUGUUGAUAGAGGACAAGGAGCAUGAUGGGGAUAUUCGCGCUGUUGAUAGGAGUACGCUGACGGAGCAGGAUGUGAAGCUGAGUGGAACUAGGAUGACUAAACUGAUGCGGAUGACGCAGAGGGCGCUCGCUGAAUUAGAGGAAAAUCGAUCUGAAGUGCACACGAUGACCGAGGCUGUGUGUGGACUGUUCGAACGACGUGGUCUUGGUAUACAGUUGACGGCUCAGAACGCGAGUGAAUGGUCCCUCAUUGAGGAGAAGAAACUCCUCGUAGCCAAGGAUGGGUCCCCGAGUAGUGCGGAGACCACACCGGAGUUCCAAUCGGCCAGACUGCCUUGA